AAUAAAAAUAGUAAUAAAUAUAAAAAAGUAAAGCAGUGCAAACUGCAGACCGCAGGGCGCAGAGUCGCAGACGCCAGACUGAAGAGUGACUGCAGACUGCAGACAGUGCAGAGUGCCGAGUUCAGACAACUAAAAAAAUUAAUAAAACAUGGCUGACAGACGCCUGGCGGACGUUGUAUUUAUUUAUAAUAUAGAUCUGUAAAACAGGCUCGCCAUACAACAAACUAAAAGUAAUAAACGAACUAUACUAGCGUCUAACUGUAUACAGAAAUCGCCAUCUUAUCGCCACAAUGGGGAUGAAAGUGUUGAUCAUGUCGCUCGUUCCAUCCUUGACGAUGCUGUUAGCUACAUUCCUCGGUUUUCAGACACACUUUUCUCGCGGCGCAAUGGGAGCUUUACAGCAUUUCGCGGCGGGUCUAGUGCUGGCAGCGGUGUCGACUGAACUGGUGCCUAUUAUGCUCAAGGCUGAAGGCGUGGUUCAGAACGUAGCCAUAUGCGUUGGGUUUAUAUUUGGUGUCAUAUCUCUCCUAUUCAUCGACAAGAUAAUGCCUGACGAUGAAGAGGAGGAACCGAAUGAUGCAUUCCGCGUAGAGAGUGUAGAAAAUCUCUCAACUCACAGCGAGAUCGUCUUGCCGCCCACAACACACCGGCGCUCACUCCUGGCGCGAAGCAUGUCCCGACAGGGUCAUACUCCGUCACCGACGCCAAGGUUACUAACUCAAGUCGAGGUGAUGCCUCAGCAAACAACUUCCAAUCGUGACAUUGUGGGUCAACCGGAACUCAAGGAAGACCAGCCUUUGCUAGAAUCCGAGGAGAAUGAGGGGAGGGGCGCAUUUCCGUAUAGUCUGGUGUACGCGGUCGCUGUGGAUUCCAUGUGUGAUGGUCUACUCCUGGGUUUAGCGAGUGUGGUGAGUCUCUCUACUAGUGCGAUGAUGGCCAUUUCACUGAGUGUGGAGAUGGGCUUCCUGGGAAUCACGCUCUCAAACGCGCUUCGAGGGCAACCCAAGGCUAAAUCGCUAUUGGCCGCCUGUGUAGGGCCGCUUGUCUUGUUCGUAUUCGCGGUGGCCGGUUAUUUUCUAGCUGGUUUGAUGCAAGAAUACGAAUGGGCUUUCAAUGGAAUGGUUUCAUUUGGGGCAAGCGCUCUAUUAUUUAUGGUAGCAGAGGAGUUGCUACUCGAGGCGCAUGAUGGCGCUGGAAGUGAGAAUCAUCUAUGGUGGGUCGAUUUACAAUUAUAUUUUGGGUUCCUUGUGGCAUUGUUGGCUAAAAAACUUCUGGGUGCCUAGUUGUUUGACGAUACAUCAGGAACCGUACUGAAGUAUGUACUGCGAGAACAUUGCCUUAACAAUCAAUGGCUUGGUAAUUAUCUAUCUCUGCUUGGGCGAUAUAUAUCUGGAUGAGCUCAACGAACGCGUCACUGUAUAGUACUCAAUAUUAGAGAUGUUGUUUGCAAUGGAAUAUUCUGACAUUGCAACCCGACUAACUCGUAUUUGCGAGUGAAUACACCGACUGAGAUGCUAAAUAUCUCGUCUGCAUAUUACAAUGGUUCCCUGAGCUAUUUGGUUGCGCAAGGCAUGGAUGUCGAAUUUAGAAAAGUAUUCUGUGUACCAGGUACGACUACAUGUGCGUUAUUUUAUCAAGCGUAUAUCCUGAAGAUGGAGUAAAUUGUCGGGCUGUAGUAGGCAGUCCAGGCAGCCAAAAUAUUAGAUGAAAGUGGAAGAUUUAGAACCUGGCUAUGCGUGUCUUUCUCGCUGUGCUAACAGUCGAUAGAGGGAAUGACUUUGCCUUGUGGCCCCGGAUACGUUUCACGUAUCCUGUGAGGAACUAUGCAUACGUGUAUCAAAAUAAGCAGAGCUGGAAUGGCAAAUAAACUAGAAAGACUUCAAAAAAAAAGUCUCAGGUGGC